AUGCCGUCACCGUCAUCCCAUCCCUGCCGUCACCUUCAUUACAUCCCUGCCGUCCCCUUCAUCCCAUCCCUGCCGUCACCUUCAUCCCAUCCCUGCCGUCCCCUUCAUCCCAUCCCUGCUGUCACCUUCAUCCAAUCCCUGCCGUCCCCUUCUUCCCAUCCCUGCCGUCACCUUCAUCCCAUCCCUGCCGUCCCCUUCAUCCCAUCCCUGCCGUCACCUUCAUCCCAUCCCUGCCGUCCCCUUCAUCCCAUCCUUGUCGUCCCCUUCAUCCCAUCCCUGUCGUCACCUCUGACCCGUCCCUCAGUCACCUUUCCUCCAUCUCUUCCGUCCCGUAUACAAUCAACAGCUCCCAAUCAGUACUCUGGAGCUGCACCACCGGUGAAGGUGAUCACUGAAGCCACCAAGCACUAUGAGCUCGUCCCCGUCAAGAAAACCCCGUUUGUGGCGGCAUCCUGUGAUCGCCGCCAGGAGCAUGGUGGUGUAUCAAACGUGGAGCUUGACCAAUUCGAGCGACGCGUGAUGGCAAGGUUCGCCGAGAUGCUGUCGGCCAUACUUCGGGGUGCUGGUCCAUCCGUCCCAAUCGGAGCGCCUGCAGCAACUCCUCCUCAUUCUGGCCCGAGCACCAGCUCGCAUAGGGAGGUGAGGCUUUACCUAAACCCCAACUCCCCUCUUGCUUGCCUGGCCACUCUCCCCUCAACCAGAAACCCCACCUGCUACCCUAAAUCCAGGCCUAGGGAGGUGAGGCUUUACCUAAACCCCAACUCCCCUCUUGCUUGCCUGGCCACUCUCCCCUCAACCAGAAACCCCACCUGCUACCCUAAAUACAGGGCUAGGGAGGUGAGGCUUUACCUAAACCCCAAGUCCCCUCUGCUUGCUUGCCCACUCUCCCCUCAACCCCAAACCCCACUUGCUUCCCCAUCCAGGCAUAGGAAGGUGAGGCUUUACCUAAACCCCAACUCCCCUCUUGCUUGCCUGCCCACUCUCCCCUCAACCCGAAACCCCACCUGCUACCCUAAAUUCAGGCCUAGGGAGGUGAGGCUUUAUCUAAACCCCAACUCCCCUCUGCUUGCCUGCCCACUCUCCCCUCAACCCCAAACCCCGCUUGCUUCCCCAUCCAGGCAUAGGGAGGUGAGGCUUUACCUAAACCCCAACUCCCCUCUGCUUGCCUCCCCACUCUCCCCUCAACCCCAAACCCCACUUGCUUCCCCAUCCAGGCAUAGGGAGGUGAGGCUUUACCUAAACCCCAACUCCCCUCUUGCUUGCCUGGCCACUCUCCCCUCAACCAGAAACCCCACCUGCUACCCUAAAUCCAGGCCUAGGGAGGUGAGGCUUUACCUAAACCCCAACUCCCCUCUUGCUUGCCUGGCCACUCUCCCCUCAACCAGAAACCCCACCUGCUACCCUAAAUACAGGGCUAGGGAGGUGAGGCUUUACCUAAACCCCAAGUCCCCUCUGCUUGCUUGCCCACUCUCCCCUCAACCCCAAACCCCACUUGCUUCCCCAUCCAGGCAUAGGAAGGUGAGGCUUUACCUAAACCCCAACUCCCCUCUUGCUUGCCUGCCCACUCUCCCCUCAACCCGAAACCCCACCUGCUACCCUAAAUUCAGGCCUAGGGAGGUGAGGCUUUAUCUAAACCCCAACUCCCCUCUGCUUGCCUGCCCACUCUCCCCUCAACCCCAAACCCCGCUUGCUUCCCCAUCCAGGCAUAGGGAGGUGAGGCUUUACCUAAACCCCAACUCCCCUCUGCUUGCCUCCCCACUCUCCCCUCAACCCCAAACCCCACUUGCUUCCCCAUCCAGGCAUAGGGAGGUGAGGCUUUACCUAAACCCCAACUCCCCUCUGCUUGCCUCCCCACUCUCCCCUCAACCCCAAACCCCACUUGCUUCCCCAUCCAGGCAUAGGGAGGUGAGGCUUUACCUUAACCCCAACUCCCCUCUACCUGCCUGCCCACUCUCCCCUCAACCCCAAACCCCACUUGCUUCCCCAUCCAGGCAUAGGGAGGUGAGGCUUUACCUAAACCCCAACUCCCCUCUGCUUGCCUCCCCACUCUCCCCUCAACCCCAAACCCCACUUGCUUCCCCAUCCAGGCAUAGGGAGGUGAGGCUUUACCUUAACCCCAACUCCCCUCUACCUGCCUGCCCACUCUCCCCUCAACCCGAAACCCCACCUGCUACCCUAAAUCCAGGCCUAGGGAGGCAUAGGGAGGUGAGGCUUUACCUAAACCCCAACUCCCCUCUGCUUGCCUCCCCACUCUCCCCUCAACCCCAAACCCCACUUGCUUCCCCAUCCAGGCAUAGGGAGGUGAGGCUUUACCUUAACCCCAACUCCCCUCUACUUGCCUGCCCACUCUCCCCUCAACCCCAAACCCCACUUGCUUCCCCAUCCAGGCAUAGGGAGGUGAGGCUUUACCUAAACCCCAACUCCCCUCUGCUUGCCUCCCCACUCUCUCCUCAACCCCAAACCCCACUUGCUUCCCCAUCCAGGCAUAGGGAGGUGAGGCUUUACCUUAACCCCAACUCCCCUCUACCUGCCUGCCCACUCUCCCCUCAACCCGAAACCCCACCUGCUACCCUAAAUCCAGGCCUAGGGAGGUUUAGGGAGGUGAGGCUUUACCUAAACUAUGACUUAUGCUCUGUCUGCCCCCUCUACCAUCAACCCGAAACCCCACUUGCUUCCCCACUUGCUUCCCCGCCCUCUACCCUCAAGCCGAAUAGCCACUUGCAAACCCUUACCGCUUGCCUUCCAUAUCUGCCACCUCCCCUAUCCCCCUCCAAUCUACAGGAAUUGUCUAGGCGUGUAGCAACACAUCUUUGCUUCAACAUUGAAGCUUCAAUGAUUCAGUUCUACCCAUCCGCGGAAGAGGCCUUAGAUCAUGGGUUUAGCGAGUUUGUGUCGCCACAGGUUCUGGCCUCGUUGCGUGCGCUCUUUCAGCACAACGAUGCCAGCACCAGAGGGGUCUUUAUCGAGCAGCUGUCCUCAACUACGACUUCUAUCAACGGCUGGAUGAGAAAGGUGGCACUCACGGCGUUGGGUCGGCAGGCGAACAUGUGCUACUUGGGGAGGUUACCAGCAGAUCUGCUUUCACCACUCGAGUUCUACACGGAUGAGGAGCUCAUUGCACGUUACAAGGAUGGGGAGAGGGGGCUGGCAUGGCAUCGGGAGCUCCUCAUCCCUUUCGGCAGCCUCAUCUUCUCGGUGUCCAUCAAGUUGGCUUUGGCGCGUCGUGGGGUCAAUUCUGAGAAGAUUAAGACCCGCCAGCUGGGUUGGAUCCUAUAUGCGUUUGAGUGGCCAAUCCUCAACAACGCGCCUGAUGGGAAGUUGAGUGGCAAGUGGGAGUACAAUCGGAUCCAGUACGAGGAGAUGUGCACCCGUGUGAAGCGGGAGGUCGAGAUCGCUGUCAUUGACCAUGGUGUCCCAUACGCCAAAAAUACGAACACUUUCAACUUCCCCAACGGCGUCUACAUCGACGCGUCUCACAUGGAGACCCUUGUCAGCAGGGUGCAGGUAACAUUGCUGAAUUCCUCCCAUCUCAUCCGUCCCCUUCCUCCCAUCUCAUCCGUCCCCUUCUUCCCAUCUCAUCCGUCCUCUUCUUCCCAUCUCAUCCGUCCCCUUCCUCCCAUCUCAACCGUCCCCUUCCUCCCAUCUCAUCCAUCCCCUUCUUCCCAUCUCAUCCAUCCCCUUCUUCCCAUCUCAUCCAUCCCCUUCUUCCCAUCUCAUCCGUCCCCUUCCUCCUAUCUCAUCCGUCCCCUUCCUUCCAUCCCCUUCCGUCCCCUAUGCCUCUUUGCACAGGCUGCAGGACCUGCACCAGCCCGGCAACCUGCAGGAGCAACACAGAGAUUGGUGCGGAGGGGCGUAGCAGUGGCGGUAACAACUAGUAGCCGCAGCAUGGGGACAUGCGGAGCAGCAGUGGCAGCAACGGGACAGGUGCGGAGCAGCAGGGGCAGCAUGGGGACAGGUGCGGAGCAGCAGGGGCAGCAGGGGGACAGGUGCGGAGCAGCAGUGGCAGCAUGGGGACAGGUGCGGAGCAGCAGUGGCAGCAUGGGGACAGGUGCGGAGCAGCAGUGGCAGCAUGGGGACAGGUGUGGAGCAGCAGGGGCAGCAUGGGGACAGGUGCGGAGCAGCAGUGGCAGCAUGGGGACAGGUGCGGAGCAGCAGGGAAGGAUGUGGCAGUGCUCUUAUCAUCAAUAG